CCGACAGAACUCUCAUGUGACGUGUCCCUCCAAUGAGUUAGUAAUAUCCACUUAUCUGAUCAAUUCGCUCUACAUCCCUUUCUUGAGUUGCUCAUCCCUCCUAGUAAGCCAUGUUGACAAUCGCCAGUGUCACUUGGUUGGACUUACUAUGCCUUACUGGUGUCGGAGUCUAUCUGGUAAAGCAGGUGGUCAUCAAGAAGAAUCCUGCACCAUAUCCACCUGGUCCCCGGGGAUGGCCUCUCAUUGGCAAUGUUUUAGAUAUGCCUCGCAUCAAGCCAUGGCUCACAUUUACUGAGUGGGGUCAGAAGUAUGGUGAUAUCACGCAUAUCGAAGUUCUGGGUCGGCACAUAAUUGUGUUAAACUCUACCAAGGCUGCAUUGGAAAUGAUGGACAGUAAAAGCACUUUGUAUUCUGACCGUCCUGUUGUUCCUAUGGCUGGCGAACUUGUUGGAUGGAAGGACGCUUUGGCUUUCCUUCCUCCUGGUGACCGUUUUCGUCGGCAACGCAAGAACUUACAUCGCGUCAUCGGCAGUCGCGCCGCAGUGGAUGUAUACAGCGAGAUCGAGGAGGUUGAGACUCGUCGAUUCCUGAAGCGUGUGCUUGCGAAUCCCGAAAAACUGCAGGAACAUGUCCGACACACUGCUGGCGCGAUCACUUUGCGCAUCUCUCAUGGUUACGAAGUGAAAGAAACCAAUGAUCCCUUCGUUAAUCUUGCAGACCGCGUUGUAGCCAAUGCCUCGCAGGCCACGGCUCCCGGUGCCUUUAUGGUUGACAUUCUACCAUUCUUGGCAAAGGUCCCUGCGUGGUUUCCCGGUGCUGGCUUCAAGCACUUGGCACGUGAAUGGCGUGAGACCCUCGAAGAGAUGGUGUCUGCACCCCACAAGUCCGUGAAGGAUCAGAUGGUUGCUGGCACCGCCCCUGUGUCUUUGACCUCGAAUCUCUUACAAGGCAGUGAUGUGUCUGCGGAAGAGGACCAUGCCGUGAAGUGGUCUGCUUUUAACCUGUACGCCGGUGGUUCCGACACGACUGUUUCUGCAAUAUAUUCGCUUUUUCUGGCUAUGACACUUUUUCCUGAUGUGCAGAAGAAAGCCCAGGCUGAGAUAGAUGCGGUUGUCGGUCCUGAUCGUCUUCCCACCUUCACCGACCGCGACUCCCUCCCCUAUACUGAUGCACUUGUAAAGAAGUCCUCCGCUGGAACGUUGUGACUCCUACAGGUUUCCUCCACCGUGUGACUGAAGACGAUAUCCAUGACGG